AGACACCGAAACUGGGUAUCUAAGACAUAUCAAACAGACUAUGUUACUGAGGGAGACACUACCUCCUAGUCCUUGGUGCUUGUUCAGUCAAACAUCAAAUUUAGCAUCGUUCCAUGUUAUUCCAUUCCCAUGUUCUCAAGAAACACUCUUUGAAACUCUUAGUGCCCCCAACAACACUCACCAAAAAGACCCACUUUUCUUCACUCUCUUCCUCUUCCAACACUCACACUUACAGUGAAAGUCACACACACCCAAACCUUCUCAAACUCUGCAUCCUUUCCCACACUCUUUCGCAAACCAAGCAACUCCACGCCUUUGCCAUCCUCCAUGGCUUCCUUCCCCGCAGUGUCUCCCUCUGUGCCUCCCUCAUCCUCCAAUAUGCCACCUUUGGACACCCCACAACUUGCCUUCUUCUCUUCGAACACAGCGUUCCAUAUUCCCGCAGUGCCUUCUUGUGGAACACCCUUUCCCGUGCUAACUCCAUUGCAGGAGUCUUUGAUGGGUUCCGAGCCUAUAACCGCAUGGUUCGUGCUGGUGUUAAGCCUGAUGAUCACACCUACCCUUUUGUCCUGAAGGGGUGUUCUGAUUUUAUGGAGGUUGGGAAGGGUAGGGAGGUUCAUGGGGUUGUGUUUAAGUUUGGCUUUGAUUGGGAUGUCUUCGUUGGGAAUACCCUUUUGAUGUUUUACGGUAAUUGUGGGCUUUUUGCUGAUGCAAUGAAGGUGUUCGAUGAAAUGCGUGAGAGGGAUAAGGUGUCGUGGAAUACUGUUAUUGGGUUGUGUUCUCUUCAUGGGUUUUAUAAGGAAGCAAUUGGUUUUUUCAGAGAGAUGAUUGUAGCCACGUCGGGGAUUAAACCGGAUUUGGUUAGUGUUGUUAGUGUGUUACCGGUGUGUGCUGAGACUGAGGACGAGGUGAUGGCGAGAAUUGUGCACUGUUAUGUUUUGAAGGUUGGUUUGUUGGGCAAUGUAAAGGUUGGAAAUGCGUUGGUUGAUGUUUACGGGAAAUGUGGGAGUGGGAAGGCUUGUAUGAAAGUUUUUGAUGAAAUGGAUGAGAGAAAUGAGGUUUCCUGGAAUGCUAUUAUUACUAGUUUUUCUUUUAGAGGGCUCUAUAUGGAUGCUUUGGAUGUAUUUAGGUUGAUGAUUGAUGCUGGAAUGAGACCGAAUUCUGUCACCAUUUCUACUAUGCUACCUGUAUUGGGAGAACUUGGACUUUUUAAGCUGGGAAUGGAAGUCCAUGGGUUCAGUUUAAGGACGGCUAUUGAGUCUGAUAUUUUUAUUGCUAACUCAUUGAUAGAUAUGUAUGCGAAAUCAGGAUCUUCAAGAAUAGCGUCCACUGUAUUCAACAAAAUGGACGAUAGAAAUAUUGUGUCUUGGAAUGCUAUGGUUGCGAAUUAUGCUCAGAACAGGCUUGAGUUUGCAGCGGUAGAAUUAAUAAGGCAAAUGCAAGCUCAUGGAGAAACCCCCAACAAUGUAACCUUCACAAAUGUUCUUCCAGCUUGUGCAAGAUUAGGUUUCCUGAAUGUUGGAAAAGAAAUUCAUGCCAGGAUAAUACAGGCCGGAUGUGCCUUUGAUUUGUUUGUCUCUAAUGCUCUGACAGACAUGUAUUCAAAAUGUGGAUGCUUAAAACUUGCUCAAAAUGUCUUCAAUAUUUCUGUCAGGGAUGAAGUUUCCUACAACAUACUAAUUAUAGGCUAUUCUCAAACAACUGACUGCUCAGAGUCUCUAAAUUUGUUUUCAGAAAUGAGACUCUCUGGCAUGAUGCCUGAUAUUGUUUCAUUCAUGGGUGUUACAUCAGCUUGUGCAAAUCUGGCUUCCAUAGAGCAAGGCAAAGAGAUCCAUGGGCUGCUGGUAAGAAUGCUUUUUCACACUCAUCUUUUUGCAGCAAAUUCACUCUUGGAUUUAUACAUGAAGUGUGGUCGAAUAGAUCUUGCUACGAAGGUCUUUGACCAUAUUCAAAACAAGGAUGUGGCUUCUUGGAAUACUAUGAUUUUGGGUUAUGGUAUGCUAGGUGAGUUGGACACUGCAAUCAACCUUUUUGAAGCAAUGAAGGAAGAUGGUCUGGAAUAUGAUUCAGUUUCAUUUAUUGCAGUUUUGUCAGCAUGUAGUCAUGGAGGGCUAAUUGAGAAAGGGAGCAAAUACUUUAAGAAGAUGAAAGAUCUUAAUAUUGAGCCAACACAUAUGCACUAUGCUUGCAUGGUUGAUCUACUUGGAAGGGCUGGUCAAAUGGAAGAAGCUGCCGACCUUAUUAGAGGCCUCUCUAUUGUACCAGAUGCUAAUAUAUGGGGUGCACUACUUGGAGCGUGCCGAAUAUAUGGGAAUGUAGAAUUGGGACGCUUGGCAGCUGAGCAUUUGUUUAAAUUAAAGCCUGAGCACUGUGGAUACUAUAUACUCCUUUCAAAUAUGUAUGCAGAAGCUGAAAGAUGGGAUGAGGCAAACACGGUCAGGGAAUUGAUGAAAUCAAGGGGAGCUAAGAAAAAUCCUGGUUGCAGUUGGGUUCAAAUUGGAGAUCAGGUGCAUGCAUUUCUAGUUGGUGAGAAAAUAGAUAGCUUGGAUACUGGCUUUUGGCAAUCAGAAUGUUGUUAACUUUGUUAACCAUCAAGUAAAUCGUUGGGAGGUUGCCGGACUAGACGAUUAUACAGUUAUAAGCAUUUCUGGUUGCAUGAACUAACCGGAUUUUGAUUUUUCUUUUUACUGUUUAACUGCAUUCCUUGGGACACUAUUCAUUUAUUUGUUUUAAUUUGUGUUUAGCACAUUUAUCAAUCUAACAUUAUGAUGAAAAUUCUUAGGAAUUGAGGUAAUGCAAGUUCCUCUAGCAGGAAUUAUUGGUUUGA